UGACUGCUCAGUCUGACCUCCCAACUGGCCACAGAGGGACGGAUGCAUAAACACACAUGUAUAUAUAUUUAUAGCCACACUCACAGCAACUCAUUUUGUCCAAGUCUCUGAAGAUGUUGUUCUUCAUCUUGCUUUCGCUCUUCAAUUUCAACUCAUCUCUGAGCCUAAAAAUCUGCUCCUUCAAUGUGAGGUCUUUUGGAGAAACUAAAAUAGCCAGACCUGAAGUCGUCGAUGCUGUGGUAAAGAUUAUUUCUCGCUGUGACAUCGCAUUACUGAUGGAAAUAAAGGAGAACAAGAACCGAGUUUGUCCUCUCCUGGUGGAGAAGCUCACCAGUCAGCUGAAGAGGUCAGAGGAGCAAUACAGCUGCGUGGCCAGCGAGAGGCUGGGAAGGAAGAGCUACAAGGAACAGUACGUCUUCAUCUACAGGCAACAUCUGGUAUCAGUGAAGCAAACCUACCAGUACCCUGACAACCAGCCUGGAGACGAGGAUGUCUUCUCUAGAGAGCCCUUCACCAUCUGGUUCCAGUCUCCCAAAACCGCUGUCAAGGAGUUUGCUAUAAUCCCUCUGCACACUGCACCAGAGACAGCAGUUCAGGAGAUUGACGAGCUCUAUGAUGUGUAUUUAGAUGUAAAACAGCACUGGAGAACGGAGAACUUCAUCUUCAUGGGGGACUUUAAUGCUGGAUGUAGCUACGUUCCCCAAAAACAGUGGAAGAACAUCCGCCUGAGGACUGACUCCGAAUUCGUCUGGCUAAUUGGCGACAAAAAUGACACAACAGUGAAGAUGAGCACAAGCUGCCCAUAUGACAGGAUUGUGGUCAGAGGGCAGAAGCUCAUUGGUGCUGUUGUGCCAGACUCUGUCAACAUCUUUGAUUUCCAGAAGGACUUUCAGAUGACUGAGGAGCAGGCGCUGGGGGUGAGCGACCACUUCCCUGUAGAGUUUGAGUUAAAAGCAAAACCUGGCUUCUUCAGCUGGCUGAAAUCACGGUUUUCAAAGAAGAGGAGAUCACGAAAGAGUCACUACUUAAUCUCAUGAGCAUGCCAAGUCCUCUCACAUGGCCUGGAAAUACACAGAUGUGAACAGGUCUUGUAAAAGAUCAGCAUUGAUAUACUCAUCGUAAGUGCAAUAUUUAGGGGGGGAACCCACAUAUUUUGGUUAAGAAGGCAAAUUAAACCUUAUUGUAUGCAAAACCAAAUCAGGUAGAAGCAGCACACUAGACUUAUGUACUCACCCCAAAGGUAAAGAGCUAUUGCAAGGAUAAAAUACUUUUGUGUGCUUUGUUUGUAAUGGCUGAAGGGCAGAGAUCCACACAUUCAUGUGGGCUCUGGAGCUCUGCCAUUCCUCUGCAGGGGCAGAGGGAUUAAAAGGAACUUUCUGCAUCACGCAUGUGUGUGGAUGCAAUGUAAAAUGUUGCUAAACUUAAAGUAUUUGCUCAAUCUGAGUUUGAAACAGCUCACGGCAUCAUGGGUUUGGGGAAAAACAGAAAGAAAAGACAAAGGCACAGGCAUUGAGAACCCAUUUCUUGCACUAACAUGGCCAGGGAUGGCAGAAACAGAGCGUUGGUGGUUCCCAUCCCUGCCUGCUAACUGCAGGUAAGAAGUCCUGUGAAUCCCAAGUGACAGUGCUACCAACAGAGAGCAUGAGUGAAACUGAAAUUAAAAACUGAUUUCAGUAUCCUGAUGUGAAAGUGAGCUGAAUUUCCUCCUUCCACCCCUCCCCCAAAAAAGCCCCUUCAUGGCAGCCUGAAGUUCUCUGAUGAACCAGACUUCAAUGAUGAUUAUUUAACGUAGUGGUGCAGCAAUCUGUUUUCUCAGCUCAGCCCACAGGCUGUAUUUAGUGCAAACCAAACCCUGGCACACAGAUGGCAUUUGAAAAGGGGGAAUAAUCCAACUGUUAGUGGAAGGAAAUAUUCAUCUCUCUUCAUCCCAGUUUGUCUGCUGAUCCAGCAGAGGACCAGCAAAUGAGAUAUGCUCUUAGGAGAGAAAAACAGCUUAGCCUUUGCGAAACUAAGUCUCUGGACAGAAAGAAUUUGAGGAAAGAAACUAAAUCAGGAGAUUAUCCCAAGGGAAGGGCAUGCAGGGCAGACACCACCACCCCCAUUCAACUGCAAUUAAUCUUGAAAUGAUACAGCAUUUCAUAAGCUCCCUCAGUUAUUGCCAAGGCAAAAGGAGAGAAAGAUUUUGAUUUAGAACAAAUAUUUGCAUUAGGAUUUUUAUAGAAAUGCCACUGUCUGGCUGUGAGGAGUGAUGGUCCAUGUGAAGACUGAAAUCAGUCCGAGUCUCUGACCUCACAUCUUAGUCCUGCAGAAGUCCCUGCUCUCUUUUGGCUUCCAGAAAGAAGCAAUGCACAAAGGAAUAAAUUGCACUUGGGAAAGCAACAACAGAUGCAUUCAAUCAUAAAAAAAUUAUGUAAAUAUAACUAAGUUUCACUGAAAAAUCUUUGUCCUUACUGGUGACAUCACAUAUAAUCCUUUACCCAGCAUCUGAAGAGGAGAGACAUGGCCAGAAAGCACCUGAUACUCCUUGUUCUGCUGUUGCCACUGCUUUGGGUGCA